UUCUUUUUUCUAAUGAAUAUUCAUGAUCAGUGGGUGUGGCUACAAAAGGCACUGGGCUUAAAUAUGGGCCGAGACAGCAGCUAGUUGUCUGUUGGUACUUGGAAAUAAUCAAGAGAGAUCAACUAAGGUUCCACUUUUGUUUCAAAUACACAACUACUGACCGAUUAAAAACAAAAUGGUGAUGAUGCAGGAGAUCGUUCCAUUUGCGAGGGAGAUGCUAAGUCUUCGACCAUCAAAGGGUGCCAUGAAGGUAUAUCUGAUUGGAGGGACCUUUGCAGUCCUGGGCAUCAUGAGUGGAGUUGUGGAAGCUGCCUGUUCACUCUUUCCAGAGCAGGAAGAAAUCACCCGUAAGACACUGAUGGAAGAGACCAUAACAGUGACGACUCAGACUCAAGAGCCUCAGACGAUCAUCCCAGAAGAUGAUGAACAGGACGCUGAGAUGGAAGACAAGGCUAAGGAACUGCCCAUGCUCAGGCAGAGGCGUAUGAGUUUCAGGGCCCAUGCCUCUUAAGAUACACACUAACACACUGCGUGUGCUGCCUGUGCACUGAGGGUUGUGUAUGUCUGACAGAGAGGAAAUGCAAAGUGCCUGUUGAGGUUGAAUGCUGUUGAACAGCUUAUGUUGGGAAUUCUGGGCGUGACCUGUUCUCAAAUGUUACUUUGUAAGUUUGUUAAGACGAUGUAAUGAUUUUCUACUGGCUGAAUAUUAUUUAUAAAGGAUGUAAUAAGUCUUUCUUAAGUGAGCUUUCUAUGAUUGCAGAUCAAUAAAUUCUAGUUUGUGCAAAACCCGGAGCAGUGUCUUAAAUGUUAUAGCCUAAAAAUCACUCUCUCACUCUCAGAUAUCCCAUAAUGCAUUCUGAUUUAUAAAAUGCCUAGGAAGAGACUUUUCCAUACAAAUAUAUAUGUAUGGAAUAUUCAUAUUGCAUUUGCAGAGCACCCAUAAACACAACCACCCAACCAACACGCUCACACGCACGCGCACGCACGCACGAGCACGCACAGGCUGACGGGUGAUACGUGUGUUAGCCAGACAAAAUGUUUUACUCACCCUCAUGUUGUUUCAAACCUGUAUACUGUAUACUAAUGUUCUACACACAAAUAAAGACUUCUAAAGUAUAUUUAUACAGCUAUA